CAUCAUCAUCACCAUCUCCACCACCAUCAUCACCAUCUCCACCACCACCAUCAUCAUCAUCAUCAUUUAUCGCCAGCAUCAUUCAUCGCCCACAGGACAUUGGCAGCCAUCCGACAAGCAACCUGCUCGAGUGUCUGUCUGAGAGCAUCGUCGCCCACCCGAAAGUACCAUCGGAAAGUAUCGUCGACCAUCCUCACAGCAACGCAGGCGCUCUUCAGGCCGCCCCUACCACGAGCAUCCAAAUCCUCAGUCAUUCACACGGCAAAGAAGACACAUCCGCACCGACAUUCGCCAUCACUUGCCCUCCCUGGCCAUCGCCAUCUCUCGCAUCAGUUGCUAUUCAUCGCAUCACCCUGUCUAUCUGACCAUGGUCGAAGGCAUAUCCGUGGCCAUACCCGAAGCCAUAUCCGCGACCAUAUCUGAGGCCAUAUCCGAGGCCAACUCGGCAGAGACACACAGUCCCAGCCUCGCGCAAAAUGCCUCUCUUGAUCGCUGUCACAGCCGCCGCAGCACCGGCGAGGCACUCGAUGUCCAGGACAAAAUUGACGACGACAGUCAGGCCGAGUGCACCAUAUGCAUGAGCAACAGCGCAAACUCGCUCCUCGUUCCCUGUCACCACACUCUCUGUCAAGCGUGCUUCAUACAGAUUGCGGCCCUGGCCCGAUCGGCAAACCGACUGCCCACCGGGUUUGCCGCCCAUCGGUUCAAGAACAGCCCGCUCUGUCCCUUUUGCCGGACUCGGAUCGAUGCGAUUGCACCUCGCGACCAGCUUCGGCUUACGUCUUCGGAGCACGACCCGCCGGCGAGUCCACAGACCGGCUCAGGGGACUCGCAGGGUCGCCGCAGCGAAGCCUCGCCGCUGCCGUCGGAGGUGGACUGGGGUGCAGUGUCGACUGGUCGCUACCACCGUUACUUCACCAAGACCGGAGUGAUUGUGUGGAAGCUGAAGCCGCCGCGACCCGAGGAGGGACUGAUCCCGGAGAACCCCGUCGGCACGGUCGAGUUUGAAGAGAUGCUCUCUCAAAAGCCAUGGCUGAGGGUAUGGAUCAAAAUCUUUCGUUGAGCCGAUGGAGCCCGGCCUGUUCGCGAGAUACACGGACGAUGGACUCCCUUGACCAUGGAAGGAGGGUAGCAUUGUCGCGAGCACGCCAGCUCGGUGGCUCGUAGCUGAAACGGAAGAGGUCUGCAUGGCGGAGGAGGCUUGUCUGCCUCGACGAAACGGAAGAGAAGCGAGCCUGGCUCCCGGCUUGCCUCGUGGUGGUCUCGGACGAGCCAGGCACACCCGAAACAAACCAGGGACAUGCGGACGCCAGGCGCAUCGAGACGGGUGGAUACAAGGCAUGAAAGAUUCAGCGGAUGCAGGAGCCCGCAUGACCCGAGGUGGCUGGAAACAACAUGAUGACGAACGAGCAAUAAAGCGAUGGCGAAAGUGUUUG